AUGUUCCAAGGGCAGCGGGGUUGGUUCUGCGGCAGCGUCAACGGGGAUCUGAGGCAGCUGUGGAUGGCCGAAGGGGGGACGAUCACUGACCCGAGGGCCGCCGACUUCCUUUUCAGCUGUGAUGCUUCGCAUCCUGACACGCUAAGAAUAUUUCAGAGUCUUGAUUACAUAGAAGAUAACGCUACAGUUUUUCAUGCCUACUAUCUCUCUGCAAUAGCUAAUGCUGAAAUUAAAAACUCGGUGGCUUUAGGUCAUUUCAUUCUUCCUCCUGCCUGCCUGCAAAAAGAAAUACGAAGAAAAAUUGGUAAUUUUAUUUGGGAACAAGACCAACAUUUUCUGACAGAAAAGCAUGAUGAAGCAACACUAAAUGAAAUAAAGACCCUUAAGGAAAGUAGUGAACUAGCAACAGAGCAACAAAAAGAAUUAUCCAAAAGCACAGAAAAGCAUUUUAUAAGGACUCCAGUUGUAGAAAAACAGGUGUAUUUCCCUCUUCAGAAUUAUCCAGUGAACAACAUGGUAACAGGUUAUGUAUCAAUUGAUGCCAUGAAGAAAUUCCUUGGGGAGCUACAUGACUUCAUUCCUGGAAGCUCAGGAUAUUUGGCAUACCAUGUUCAAAAUGAAAUUAACAUGUCUGCUGUAAAAAACAAAUUGAAGAGGAAAUAUUAA